UCUGUCAAACGUCGGUCGAACUUUUGUGUUUACACCUCCCUAGCUUCUAAAUUUGCUCGCUCGCUGCAUUUGUUUGUUUUUGUUUUGAUUUCGUUUUUUUGUGUGGUCGAGGCGGAAUAAUUUUUCUCUCAUAUUAAACGGUAGCUAGAAUGAAAACACAUUCCGAAUAAUGCCGAUGAUUGUAGAACUUUAGGAGUGAGUUUGUCCAAGGUCGAGUCUGCGGAUGACGGGUUAGUUUGUUGAUAACAGCCGUUGACGUUUGAUUGUCUUCGUCGAAAUCCGAGUCGGGAUAGGGCAUUCGUUCUGUGGGAUAGACUUCGCUAUCCUCUAGUAUCAUGUUUUCUCUAUGCAUUUUGCACAAUCAUUCAAAACUUGUGAGUGAGCCGCUCUAUCGUGUUGGUAUGAUAUACGAUACGCCAAUGUUGGAAGUGAAUGUGUACACGCUUUGUUGUUAAGAAAGAUUCACAAAGCAGGUGAAGACAACUUUGAGGGGUUUCUUAUAGUGAUUUUGUACGACAUCUGUGAACAAAGUGAAACUUUCUUCCGUUAUCAAGUGGCGAAGUUAGAAGCAUUAAAUUAGUAGUUUUGUUGUCCAGAACCAUGUUCGGAUUGGGCUCAAACUGUAAUAGUUAUACUUCUCAAAUUUGCAAGGAUUGUUGACUUGAGUCAUACAACAACACCACAGCCGGCAUCCGCGACUAAUCUAAUAGUUUUAUAAUGAGCACCUUGCUCUCCAACGUUGUUGAUAGUGCGAACCGGCGAACCCUACUUUGAACCACUCGAGCUGCGUAUUACCUACUUUGUACAAAAAAAAAGCUUGUAUCAUUAGGUCUUUCUCCAGCCGGACCAAAACCUGUACUAUCACUAGCUCAGUGGCUAGUGAUAAGAAUAAUCUUCACGCAGGAUGGAUGAAGGUGAAACUAGUACGCAUCUGGAUAGUUUUCCGAACGCGCCUAAUGCAGAUCAAAACAAAUUUGAGAAAAAGUACCGAUUUUUCAUCCUUGAACCAGCUAUACUUUUACUGUUUUAUGCGUGGAAUGUUUCCUCCGCCGUAUUUACGAACCAGGUGGUUUAUCAAACGUGUACAGUGACACUGGGAUUCAACGAAACCGAUUGUCUCCAGCUGGGAACCGAGAAUGAAACCGUCGAAAUCCAGGAGCUGGAACGAGAAGUGCAGCCCUACACGGCUAACAUUUUGAUGGCCAGAUCGUUGAUAGAUUCCAUCAUACCGGCCCUGUGCAGCAUGUUCAUUGGGCCGUGGUCCGACAAGUAUGGCCGCAAGCCGAUUCUGCUUUCGACGUUCAUCGGGUCCUUUUUGACGUAUUCGUCGGUGGCGGUUAUUUGCUUCCUAUCGACCCGUUUUACCAUCAAUCCGUGGUAUUAUACGUUGGCCUUUAUUCCGGCAUCGCUGUCUGGGGGCAAUUGUGCUCUGAUUACGGGAGUUUUCUGCUACAUUACCGAUGUCACUUCAGAGAAGAAUCGUGCUGUCAAAAUGGGUGUCCUGGAAGCAUCGAUCUUUAUCGGCUUGCUGCUGGGUGUGCUGAGCAGUAGCUACAUCCUGCGAUGGUUCAAUGCUACGAUCGUCUUUGUGACUGCAGCCGUUUGCGUGCUUCUGGGUAUACUCUACAUCGCGUUCUACAUCGAAGAGAGCAUUCGUCCGAACGAACUGGACAAUUCGACCUCCAAAAUCAGGGAGAUUUUCCGUUUCGAGCUGGUUAGCGAUCUGUUUCACACUUGCUUCAAACCCCGGCCGAACUUCGAUAGGGUUAUCAUUUGGCUCGUGAUAACGGCCCUGGGAGCCAGUAUUUUUGCAUUGGAGGGUACCGGAACAGUGUAUUUUCUGUUUCUUCGGGAGCGAUUUGAUUGGACGGUAAAGGAAUAUUCUUUUUACGAUUCCACCUUGAUCGUGUUCAUGGUGGCCGGAAACUUUAUCGGAAUGUACGGCAUCAAGAAGGUGUUUGGAACGACGGAAAGUAUUCUGACUGCCAUCGGAUUCGCCAGCUAUGCCAUCGACAGUGGAAUUAGAGCUGUGGCCUAUGCUCCGUGGCAUCUUUACAUGGCAAUUGUCGUGUCGAUGCUGAAAGGAAUUGCUGGGCCAAUGGGAAGGGCCGUCAUAUCGAACACAGCACCACCGAACGAAAUCGGAAAAAUAUUCUCGCUAACCACUUCGAUAGAAUCGCUGACGCCGCUGGUUUCGGCUCCGGUUUAUACGUUCGUCUACAAACGGACCAUUUCGUGGUACCCGGGAGCAUUCAAUCUCAUCAGUGCAACACUGUACUUCACCUGUUUGUGUCUUAUGAUAUUGGUACGAGUAUUCCAAGGAAUGUACCAAGCACCGACUUACACGUCAAUUAACUGAACAGCCAUCAUGUUGUUAUUAAGUGUGUACAGAAAUGUUGAUUGAAUUUUUAUAGACAUUUAUUAGAUAUUGUUAGAGAAGGUCAUUAGUAGGAUAAACUAAUUCAGUUCUGUACUAGUCGAAUAGUAAUGUGAGGAAAGCACGAAAAUAUAUACACUCAAUUUAU